AUGACCGAUUCUGUUACAGACUGUAAGACAUGUAAAGAAUGUAAUAAUGAAUAUUAUGAAUACGGAUGGUGCAAUAAUUGCUAUGCCAAAAGAUUCCAGCAAGACUUUGAAAACUGGACGAGUGGUAACGACGUCGUAGACAAAUUUAUUCAGGGCAAUCAACUUAAAGCAACUAGUUUUACCACGUUCAUCGAAUGGAUCCCCUUUGAAAAGUUCAAGGAUGUGACAUAUUUAUCUAAAGGGGGAUUUGGCUCAGUUUCUAAAGCAGUAUGGCCAGAAGGUUACAUCAUCGGCUGGAAUAAGGAAUUGAUUAGAAUUCCUAAUGUGAAUGUUUGUUUGAAGCGUCUCGAUAAUUCUGCUAAUAUUUCUCCGGAAUUUUUACAAGAGGUUCAGAAUCAGCUAAAGCUUCGAGCGACAAGUGCCACCGUUCCUGUUUAUGGAUUGAGCAGAGACCCUGUAUCCAACGAUUAUGUUAUAGUCACAAGCUAUUCCGAAUACCAAAGUCUCAGAGAUAUGACUGUGAAAUCAUAUGACAAGUUCGAUUGCCACACUAAGAUGAAAGACCUAUUCUAUCUCACCAAAUGUCUAAGUGAAAUACAUGAAGCCGGAUUAGUUCAUGGAAAUCUACAUCCUGGCAAUGUAAUUUGUUAUGGAAAAGCAAACCUAUGCCUUUCUGAUCUUGGAUUAAACAAGCCAGCAUCAGAUAAAAGGCCAACUGCAAAAGAGUUGGUUAAUGCCUAUGAUCAAUGGAACACUAGUAAAGUUUGCUAUGAUUAUGGUGAAACUACCGAAUUACAUUAUCAAAUCGAAGAAACCAAACUCUUAUACAUGAAACAAGAGUAUCCUAUAUAUGACUCAGCGAAUGUCAAAGUUCACCCACAGGCUUUAUAUACUAGUCGCCCCUUGAGUAUUCAUAGUUCUUGA